AAGGAAGUGCCAUUUCUGCUCUUCUGCUCUGUGGGAUUCUCCGGCUUAAAAUCUCCCACAAAGUCCCCUAGACUGCAAUCUUUCCUUCCUCCAUCCUCUUUCAUUUCCAAUUCCCACUUCAAGCCCCUCUUGAACAUCUUCAUGCUGCCCAUAAGUGCUUUGCUUAACCCUGAGCCUGAGCCAAGUCGGACACCUUCCUCCAGUAUGGCACCACUCAACCAAGCCAGCACCGUGGAGACCGUCGUCCCCAAGACAGCCUCAGCCCAGUGCAAGAUGAUCAGCGACGCUCCUGAAUUGAGAUCAGGGCCCCCCCGGGGCCCGAUCAACUACCCCCCUUGCGAGUACCAUGACGCGGAGCUCUCCGAGAUCUACGAAAAGCAUGAUAUCCGCUUUACCUCCCGUACGCGCCACAUUCCGUACAACCCCGCGAGGAGUGACUUCUACGAGCGAACGGGACGGAAAGAAAUUGAUAUCUUCGGGUAUGAGUUCAAGGUCCCUGGCGAGGACCAGACGAUUCUCAUCAUAUGGGACUACACCACUGGGCUCGUUCGCACGACGGGCAUUUUCAAGUGCUACAAGCCCUGGGGCAAGACUCUUCCGGCGAAAGUGCUCAACAAGAACCUUGGCCUCAAGAAGGUCUGCCACAAGCUCACGGGCGGAGUGAUUGAGUCACAAGGAUACUACAUGCCAUUUGGAUGUGCCAAAGCCAUAGCCAAGAAGUUCUGCUGGCAUGUGCGGUACGCCUUCACUCCGAUUUUUGGGCCUGACUUCCCCGGCCAAUGUCUGCCGCCGGAUCAUCCCGAAUAUCGCCAGUGGGAGAUUGACCAGCAUAUCAUUCGCGCGGCCGCGGAGGAAGCAAGGGCGCAGCGCUGCGCCGCACUUGCCUACGCCCGGCCCUAUCCCAGUCCCAGUCCAGAUGAUGGUGAUGAUGGUGAUGAUGGUGAUGAUGAUGAUACAAGUUUGGCCGGAUACAUCUCAUCGAACGAUGAUGACAACUGCCCGCCGACUACUGCUAGCAAUGGCUGGACACCGAUCAAUACCCCGCGAAUGCAGUUGACUCCUCCGCCCUCUCCAUCAAGCCAGGAUCAUUCAUCUCCUCAAGGGACCAGCGGUUGGGUUUCUAUUUCCCCCACAGCCCUAGCAGAGGCAUUGUCCGACGCCCCCGAUGCCAUGGAUGAAGAUCCCGAUGACACCGAGGUGGAAAUGGCCGACAACGCUGGUGAUGACCAGCGAGUUACGCUCCCACUGACAGGCGAGUACACGGAGGCAGAAGUCGAGGCUGCGUAUAUCAUGGUGGGAAUGAGCAAAGGAGGCCCAAUCGACGAUAACUAUCCCAAAGUCUGUCCGAGAUGCCGCGCGGUUAUCUAUAUGCAGGAGCUCAGGGAAGCCACCGCUCGUCGGGAUGGCUGGCAGGAGAACUGAAAUGACCGCUACUGCCGCAUGGUCUGGUCUGCCUUGAUGACUCUCUCUUCCAUGUUUGUUUGCAUGUUUUCUUUGUUUUGAUUGCAUGGCGAGGGCGUUGGACUUGG